AUGUCGCGCGGAAGCUCAGCCGGGUUUGAUCGUCACAUUACUAUCUUUUCUCCUGAAGGACGCGUUUAUCAGGUUGAGUAUGCCUUCAAAGCAAUUAACAGCACCAAUUUGUCGGCGGUAGCUGUCAAGGGAGUUGAUUCGGCUUGCAUUGCUGUUCAAAAGCGCAUCCCUGACAAACUCAUUGUAUCGGACUCUGUCACCUCGGUUUAUCAAUUGACACCCACCAUCAGUUGCUGUAUGUUGGGAAUCAUUCCUGAUUGCAAAUAUCAGGUACGACGUGCACAAUUGGAAGCUGCUCAAUGGAAGUACAAGAACGCUUACAAUAUGCCCGCUGAACAGCUUGCUCGUCGGAUUGCUGAUCUGAAUCAAUUCUACACCCAAAAUGCUGAGAUGCGAUCGCUCGGUUGCGGUAUGUUGAUGAUUUCUUUCGAUGAUGAAGAUGGCCCACAGGUGUAUCGCAUUGAUCCAGCUGGUAGUUAUCGAAACAUGAAAGGCGCUGGUCUUGGAGUGAAGGACACAACCAUCAAGCAUUCUCUUGAGAAAAAGUUGAAGAAAAAGUCUGACUUUGACAAGGAUGGCACAAUUCAAUGUGCUUUGGAAGUUUUGCAGGAAAGCUUGGGAAAUGAUGUGCGAGCUUCGGAUCUUGAGCUUAUUUACGUCACCAAGGAUAAGCGCGCUUUCAACAAGUUGACCACGGAAGAAAUUGAAGCUCAUCUUACCAUCAUCGCAAAUCGUGAU